AUGAAAAGUCCCAGCAGUUUAUGCGGUGUUGAAAGCGGAAAAGCCACCUCAUUCAGCGACCCCAUAUAUUCCAAUUCGCUCAGUUCUGCAGCUCAAGAGGGCGUAAGUUAUGGAGUUGAUCGUGAAUCUCUGUCUGCGAUUGGUACUCUCUUUGCUCAUUCCAUCAUGAAACAGCUAAUGACCGACGGCAGCGCCUACGUCAUGACUUUCACUGAAUUAUUAUCACUCAAAAGUCAAGCGGUCUACGAUGCGGUUGAGAAAGUCGGUAGCCUUGUGGCAAGAAUCGUCUUGGCCCCAUUGGAGGAAAUGUGUUUCGCCUAUUUCUCCAACACCGUCAACCAGAAUUCGAAAGUGUUCAACAAGAGCACGGAUACUCACGACAAUUUGGUUCAAAACUUCGCUAUUGUACUGCAUGUGGCCUGCGUGGCUGGAGUAGUCGUUUCGGUGUUCGGAAUUCCAUACUCUCCUCUUGCUGUUUAUCUUUAUGGUGGACACCUGCUCUAUGAUAAUGGGGGUGCGGUAUUGUUAUCGCUCUACUGUAUAUAUUUGUCCAUAUUAGCAGUGAAUGGUAUCACAGAAUGUUUUGCAAUGGCAACAAUGAGCAAUUCCGAGGUGUUCUCACAUGGAGGCUUUCUACUUCUGUCAGCGCUCGCUCAUCUUGUAGUGACUUUUGUUUUGUGUACAUACAUGAAAGCUGCUGGUUUUAUUGUGGCAAAUGCCAUCAACAUGCUCUUCCGGAUUGGAUAUAGUUGGAGGCACAUUCGAAGCUUCUUGGGAAGCCGAACUCCUCCCAUAAGCACUAUUUUGCCUACGUUUUCCACUUUUGUAUUUCUAUUUUUCGCCCUAGCAGCAACAUCAUUCACUCUUUUGGUCUUCGGCUCAACACCGGGUUUGUCGCAUAUGAUUGCACAUGUUGCUAUAGGAGGCGUGCUUUUUCUUCUUGUAGUAGCUCAUAUUGUCAGCACUGACCACGUUUUCCGAAUGAUAACUCAUAGACUUCAAAAAUAUGCACCAUAA